AUGGAAGUGGCCUGCGAGUGCGGAAACUAUUGCGUGAAAUAUUUUGCUGAGAUCCCCGCUAAGGAUCAGCACCUAAACCGACAGGUCACCGAUCACGACGAUGGCAAGAUUGUUAGGGCCCACGAGCGUGUUCAGACCGACGGAAAGCGCGCUGCCAGCUGGGAUUGCGGUUGCACACGACAGGGCGGAUUCCAGCAGGAUAUGUGCAAGGAGAAGGGCAAGGGCGUCUUCGGAUCCGAUCCUCAGCUCGAGGUGACUUGCUGCGAGGGCGAUCUCUGCAACAGCGCCACAUCGAUGGGCUUCUCCCUCCUCUCCGCCUCCAUCGUCUCCCUGGUCCUCUAUUUCCAC